CAUCUUCCGCAUCCUGACACGGUUUGAAGAUUGUUUCGGGAAAUUCAAGAAAAAUAUCCUGAUUUGUAGACUAUAAUCGAGUGGUUGGCGGUGCUCUUAACUGCAUGAUGUCUUGUUGGCGGUGCAUUGCUGUUCACCCCCCAUUUCGACUGGACAUGUCCGUUUUACGAUAUAAAGUAGUUUGCAGUCAUUCCCAGAGGCGUACACAUUCAUGUUCACCAGCGCAUUACCCCCAGGGUUUUAUGAAAUCCACAUUCAUAGUGCUGAUCAGAUCGAUAAGGAGAAGAUUCUUACUCCUCAAUCUCUUGGUGUUUCCAUCACGUCUGGUACAGCAUCAACAGAUGCUACUUGGCAGAUAUCUGGCGAUGGACUCAUUGUGGCUUUUGACGAAUCAAAAUCGGAAUAUCAAACUCAGACAAAUAAUUCGCCGUGCCAAGUUGGAGACUAUGUGACUACAGGAAAAGUAGGUGGAAUGCGGUGGAUUAUCUAUGGAGCCGAAUGGAAUCUUGGAGACUAUUGGACUGCAUAUAUUAUGAGCAACGAUGGAACGAAGCUUUUCUGGACAAUUAACCCUUCCAAUUCUUGCGUAUGGCUUCGACAGUUCGAUGAUAUUUGCAUCCAGAACAUUCCGAAAUUCCACUUUGUUCCUGUCGGGCCUCGCGAUGGCAGGCCUUUAAACCAAAUUCCAAGGUGGGGUAGAAAGUUUCGCGGCGAAAAUCCCAACCAUUCGACAGGAACAGGAAUUCUGGAGGCCAUCAUGACCUUGAUCAUUGUCAAUCUCUAUGUGAUUAUGCAGCUGUGUCGAGGUAAUCAUGCAGGUGAAUUGACAGAGCUUCUGCCUCCUUGGUUAAAGAAAUAGACUUAUAGAAUUGUUCGUAAUCCGCAUCGUUGAGGUUUGCUAAGAGUCGUUUACGCUGAAGCGCUGAGG